AUGAAAGAUUGGAAAGAGGAAGCCGAAAAAGCACGAAAAAGGGCUGCUCUGUACGAGUUUGCUGAGAAGGUGAAGAAGAGCUCUGUUGGAAAAAGAGGAAAAAGAAAGAUAGAAGCUGAAGAAGCGAUGUUGGAAGGGUCAAAUCUUGAUGAGAAAUCGAAACAAAAAGUACGGACCAUUAUCGAAAAAGAAAGAGAAAGAGAGAGAAAGAAGCGGGAGAAAAGAAAGAGAGAGAAGCAAGAGCUGGAAGAUGAGGUCAGAAGAUGGCGCUUGCAACUCAGUCUGUUCGAACUUGUCGAUAAUAUCGAAUGCGAAGAAAGAAUGAAAAAGAAAGCCAAAUAUGAAUACGAUGAAAACACCGACUUGGUGCGAAAAUUACAAUAA